AUGGGGGAGUCCGCCCAGCGCCAGUCCUCGGGACUGGGAUCGGUUUGGAAACACCUGUCUUGGGCACUGUUGACCGUGCAGUGUACGUCCUUUGUCUUGCUAUUGCAUUAUUCCAGGAUUAUGUCGCCCGCUGGCGGCAAGCGCUACCUUACGUCAACCACCGUUUUCUUCAAUGAGGUCGUCAAGCUCGCCAUCUCCCUGACCAUGGCGCUCUACGAGGUUUCGAAGACAGCCCCUCCUUCAGUACCUGCGACUUCUCUUUUCUUCUCCCUCACAACUGCCAUAUUUUCCGGUGAUAGCUGGAAGCUUGCUAUUCCUGCCUGUCUCUAUACGCUUGCGAAUUCGCUGCAGUACAUCGCUCUGUCGAACCUGCCGCCAGCCACUUUCCAAGCAUCAUACCAAUUGAAACUGAUCGUUGUGGCCAUAGCCAGCUUGGUAUUGCUCAAGAGACCUGUCUCGCUCCGGAAGUUGGGACUCAUGGUCCUUCUCUUGGCGGGCGUUGCUUUGGUGCAGAUGCCCACUGGAAACCCUGACGAUAUGACCCUCCAAGAUGAGACCGCGCUUGGCGCCUGCCUCGCUUCCGGCGUUGCAAGCGUCUACUUCGAGAAAGUGCUGAAGGACAGUGCGAAGUCGACUUCGCUCUGGAUUCGCAACGUGCAGUUGUCCGUCUACUCGAUAUUCCCGGCGCUUUUCAUUGGGGUUGUUUUCUUGGAUGGCGAGAAGGUUGCUGCCAAUGGCUUUUUCGAGGGCUACAACUGGAUUGUUUGGUCUACUGUUGUCGUACAGGCUAUUGGUGGCAUUGCCACGUCCUUCUACAUUGGUUAUGCAUUCCGAGAUGGCAAGAACAUGGCCAUGGCUGCGAGUAUUGUACUCACCACGGUGGCUAGCGUUUGGCUAUUUGAGUUUGAACUCACUGCCAAUUAUCUCCUGGGGUCGUUCGCAGUAUUGGUGGUUACUUGCCUUUGCGAGGAUGCAAAUUCUGCAUCUGCCCAGGCCAAGCGUCAGACCUUCCGUCCACCCCCAAUCCGCGUAGAUCGCUAUGAGAAGGAAAGCAAGAGUGGGGAUGCUUCACCAGCCUCCCCAUCGCCUAACGAGAUCUCCAUAAAGCUUCCUGGUACGCCCUUUCUCUCUACUGAUGGGCUUUCGACGUCCAGGCCUACAUCUCCGGGCCACGUACGCGCUGGCCGCACCCCAAGCGGUGGAUAUUUCGAAAAGCACUCACGAGACAACUGA